AUGAAUACUCAAGGAGAAUCAUCUUCUUCUUCCAACUUCUCUUAUGAUGUGUUUCUCAGUUUCAGAGGUGAAGAUACCAGAAACAACUUUACCGGUCAUCUUUAUUUCAGAUUAUGUCAAGUCGGAGUUAAUACUUUCAUAGAUGAUGAGGAAUUGAGAAAGGGAGACGUCAUUUCAAUUGAACUUGAGAAAGCAAUUGAACAAUCUAGGGUUGCCAUUGUUGUUUUCUCCAAAAAUUAUGCUUCCUCUAGUUGGUGUCUUGAUGAACUUGUCAAAAUUCUCGAUUGCAGAGAGAGGUUAAAUCAGCUAGUUUUGCCUAUUUUCUAUGAUGUUGAUCCUUCUCAAGUACGAAGACAAACUGGAUCCUUUGGCGAAGCUUUGGCAAAACACAAGGAACGAUCAAUUGGAACUGAAAGAAUGGAAAAGUGGAAAGCUGCACUUACUGAAGCAGCAAAUUUAUCUGGAUGGGAUUUGAGAAAUGUUGCUGAUGGGCAUGAAUCAAAAUUUAUUGAAAGUAUUAUAAAACAAGUUCUGCAAGAAGUCAACCAGACACCUCUAGAUGUUGCUCAUUAUCCAAUUGGAUUAGAUUCUCCUAUCAAAGAUAUAUUGUUGUUAAUGCAAAGUGGAUGUGAGCAUGAAGUUCGAAUGGUUGGUAUAUGUGGCGUUGGUGGAAUUGGAAAAACAACUCUAGCAAAAGCCAUCUACAAUAGAAUAUUUCUACAGUUUGGUGGUAGUUGCUUCCUUUCAGAUGUUAGAUCAAAAGCUGAAGAAUUGGGUCUAAUCAAGCUUCAAGAGAAACUACUUCAUCAAAUCCUCAAAACUAAGGAAUUUGAAGUUGAUAGUGUUGCUGAAGGUGUUAAUCUCAUCAAAGCAAGACUUGGGUCCCAAAAGGUUCUAAUUGUUCUUGAUGAUGUGGAUCAUAGAAGCCAAUUAGAAUCCUUAACAAGAGAAAGAAAUUGGUUUGGUUCUGGUAGUGUUAUAAUUAUUACAACCCGAGACGAGCAUUUGCUUUAUGGUCUUACAACAAAUGAGAUAUACCGGGCCAAACUUUUAAAUGGCAACGAAGCACAACAACUUUUUUCUUGUCAUGCUUUUAACAGUCUUUCUCCACCACAUGAAUAUGUUGAGCUGGCCCAAAACAUAAUUAAAUAUUCAGGUGGGCUACCAUUAGCUCUUGUGACAUUGGGGUCACAUUUACAAGGGAGAUCCGUUGAAGAAUGGAGAUACGAGUUCGAAAAACUAAGAACAAUUCCUCAUUUUGAUAUUCAAAAGAUUCUCCAAAUAAGCUUUGAUGGACUUGAUGACAAUACUCAGAAUGUUUUCCUUGAUAUUGCGUGCGCCUUCCAUGGAUGUGAUGAGGAUGAAGUUACCAAAACAUUAAACGCCUGUGGUUUGUAUUGUGAAAGUGCAAUUGUAACUCUAGUCAAAAGACACCUGCUCCAAAGGGAUCGGCGUCGUUUGGUGAUGCAUGAUCUAGUGCAGGAUGUGGGAAGAGAAAUCGUUCGCAUGGAAUCACCUCGAGACAGUGGAAAACGGAGUAGAUUGGUCAACCCUCAAGAAGUCCUUGAUGUCCUACAAGGAAAUAAAGGUUCUGAAAAUGUAGAAAUAUUGGUGGUAGAACGACAUGCAUUAAAGGGUGUGAAGCUGAACACCAAAGCAUUUCAGAAAAUGAUAAAUCUUAGGGUGCUUAAAAUCGACGACUUACGUAUUAGUGGAGAUUUUGAGCUAUUGUCCAAGGAGCUCAGAUGGCUGUCUUGGAAAGGAUGUCCUUUAAAAAUGUAUACCAUCAAAUUUUCCAUCUGAUAAACUUGUAUUUCUGAAUAUGAAAGGGAGCAAUAUCCAAGAAUUUGGUUUGAAUUUGCAGGUUCGUUACUCAAUUCUGCAAUUUUAUGUGUAAUGUUUAAGAGAAAGAAAAUCUUAAUUGAAACAAUAUUUUGUUUA